AUGUCUUUUAAUGAAAGCAAUUUCAACAGCACGUUCAUGGAGGACGAUGCUGGAAAGAUUGAAAUGAAAUCGGUGUCGUUUUACACCCCUUUGGUCUACGUAUCCAUUUUGGUGAUAUCGUUGGUUUUAUUUGCAUCUCAUUAUAGGAAGAAAACUGUACAAGAGCUAACCGAACUGCCUUCCAUGUUCGACGAAAGUAUCGCCAGAGACAUAUACUUUGAGUUGAAACUGAUGAACGAGUCGGGAGACACCAAAGUGCAUGACAAAGUCUUGAAAGCGGCUCUGCUAAAUCGUGGUGCAGAGGCCAUAAGAAGAACGCUAAAACUGAAGGAGUCCGAACCGCAGAUUACAAUGCUGUACAAGAAUGGCUGUGUAGGCGAAGAGUACUGGAAACGAUAUCAGAAUGAGGUAAAGCUGGUGGAUCUGGAAUUUAAAGAAACUAUUCAAGAAGCUGAGUUAAUCCAACCCGGCUGGCCACAGCUUUUUGUUCUUGUUUGUAAAGAGAUUUGUUUCAACCAGGCUCUGAAAAGGCGUUUUCAGGCAAUAUUGUUGCGUAAAGACGUCUUUUCUAAGCAAUGGUGUUUGAAAUUCGACGACUCCGGGAAAUUGAUCGAGUAA